AUAAAAUAACCUGACAGUCAACACAAAAAGCCAUGCACUCCAGUCCAACCCCACCUCCUCUUUACCUGAGCCUCCUUCUCUUUCUGUCAUGGAACUCCCCAGUUCUUUCCUGUAUGACAGUGAACAACAGCAAGUGUGAGUCUGCUCCAUUUGUACCAGGCCACAACCUGAUUGGGGAGGGAUUUGAUGUCAUCACCCUGCACCGAAAAGGAGCCUACCUGAUUGAUAUAGCUACUUACCGCAAACCAGAUGGCACCUGUACUCUCUGCACCAACCGCAAUCAAAACAAAACUCUACAAAAACUGCCGGCCUCUGUUGUCGACUGGCGUGCAAUCAGCCAAUGCAAAACCGAUAUCUCCAGCAGUGCACACACCACUGUUAGUUCACUACUUAACUCUAACACUGAUCAGGACAUCCACGACUGGAAGGCUGGACUAAAUAUAAAUCCCAAAUCUACCAGCGUGGGGAUUGGAGGAACACACUCCAUGGCAUAUGCAUUUGCUACAAAAAGGACCAAAGAGGACCACUACUCCUUCAGCACACACACGGUCACCUGUACUCACUAUCGUUACCGGGUAUCAAGCAGACCGACUCUUAGCUCUGAGUUCAGCAGGGAUGUGGCCAGUUUGCCAAGUCGCUAUAACUCCUCCACCAGAGAUCAGUACAACGAGGUCAUAGAUACCUACGGCACACAUUACAUUCGCAAGGUUCGUCUUGGUGGCCGUCUUAGACGAGUCACAGCUGUACGAACCUGUUUGUCCAGACUAAACGGAUUCUCCUCAAAUGAGUUACACUCCUGCCUGUCGAUGGGUGUCUCCAUUGGCUUGGGAAAGCUGAAUCCAUCUGCUGUCCAAGGUUCUUGCAAAAACAUCCUGGAAAACCAGGAUGUUGCCACUAGGUAUAGCUCUGGUCUCCACCAACACUAUACGGAUGUGGUGGGAGGUGAUGGGUGGUUGGGAGAGUUUUCACUUGCAUAUGAUGACUCCCUGGGUUUUAAAAACUGGCUGAACAGUCUGAAGGAUCAUGCAGAUGUUGCUUCCUACUUCAUUCGCCCAAUGUAUCAGCUGAUACCGAAAGGCACAAAGAAGUCAGGGAUGAAGGCGGCCAUAGAGCAGUACAUAACAGACAAUGAUGUGAGUCAAUCACACAGCCAACAAAAUUGCUGGCGGGGCAAUCCUAACCUAGAUUUCAACUGUUGUCCACGACAAGCCUGGAGGGGGAAGCUAACUGUGGAAAUCAUCCAGGCCUGGAAUCUGAAAGGAGAUCAUCUUGGCCCAACUGACAGCUAUGUUAAACUGAGGUUUGGUUCCAUCAAUCAUCAGACUCGCAUGAUCGAAUCAAGUUAUCCCCGAUGGAAUGCUUAUUUUGAUCUUGGACAGGUGGACACACACAGUGAUGUGUAUGUUGAAUUAUGGGAUGAGGAUCUGUUCUAUGAUGAUCUUCUGGGAUCAUGUUCCCGGCGUCCAACUCAGGGGACACGUAUAUUUUCCUGUUCAGCUGACAGUGGCAGCUAUGAGUUCAAGACCACUCUGACCUGCGACUCACAUCUCACAGGAGCCUGGUGUCACCAAUAUACACCAUCUGCAUAAUGAGAAAUGCAUUUUGGGGCUGCAUGUCUUUCUCCUAUAAUCAAUUGUGAUAAAUCUGUUGAUCACAUAAGAGUCACAUGACUGAUGGGUUUUUUCUUUCAUUUUCCUCGUAUAUAUAUCGUACAUAUCCAUUUUUUUAAUUUGAUCUUCUUUUCAUUUGUCAUUCAGUUAUUUUUUAUAUUUUAUAUACAUAUGUAGUUUCAUUUUUUUCAGAUUAUACUUGAUUUCAGUUUGUCAAAUACAUGUAACCCUUUUGUUUACCUUCUCAAACAAAUAAAAAAAGCAGGGUAAUGUUAAAUUAAAAAAAGAAAGAAAGAAACAUGAUAACACAACAAGAAAAUAUCACAUAAUAUUUGUUAAACAAAAGACUAUUAUACUUCAUGUCACAGUGUGGGCAGGUCAAACACAAGUGCAUUUGUCUGGAUAUACAGAUUUUAAAAAGUAGGAAUUUCUGGGGAAAUUAUUUUUAAAUUCAGCAUCUGGUGAUUUUAAAAUGUGUAUCAAUGAAGUUAUAUACCCUCAAAAUUAUAACGUGGUGAGUAACGACAGGUUUUGAUGGUAAUUUCUUAGAAAUACUCAGAAUACGUUUCUACACCUAGUAGCUUCUUGUGGCUGCUCCCUUACUCACAAAGAGCUGAUGCACCCCUGAGGAAUUUGUGUCUCCUCCCAUUCUCAAACUGUAAAAUAUUACACUAUGAACCCACUACCUUUUUUUAUACAGCUUAAAAUAGCUUAAUUCAUUUGCAAAUCAAGCAAAGGAUUUGAUAAUGUUUUUGAUUUUUAUUACUCUUAAAAUGUUUUAAAAAAUCAUU